AUGCCAUCAAUGUACCACUGCAUUGUGAACUUCCCAACAGCUGAAGGAGUGCUGAUUCACCAGACGUCCAUUCCAAGAAGGCCAACAAGUGAAAUGCGAGUUGCGUGGAGGUGUGCAGAAGGCCAAGAAAUGAACGACAGUACCACCAUCGAUGAUAAUGUUGCUCAGGUCUACCUCUCCAACGCGGUUCAUUCGAAUCUCAUCAAAGAAGCUCAAGAUAUCAUGCAAAACACUGACAUCACCAUCGAUCGCAAUGUGCUCCUCGACCGUCAUUCAGUGUGCCGUCGAAAUGUUUCACGCUUGAAUCCACGGGAACUAAUCAGAAGCUGCACCACCACAGACUAG